UCAGAACUAAAACAUCAGUCCCUCAGUGCACUAUUUGCACAUUUAGCACGCUGUUGUGUGGCGUGACGUCCUCCAGCCCACUGGAGGGCAAUAACAUAGGAAACAUCAACAUUUCCUGCAUCCGCUUAAAAUGACACUGUCAACAUCAACGAUCAUAUUACUACACUAUUACCGUCUAUUUUCACGGUAUUCCGCGGGGUUUUGCUGAGAAAUUGGCUGUGCGAGGAUCGUUUUUAUAAGGUGAUUAUUUUCACCGGAGUCAUUCAUUUCAUCACGGUGUCCUCGAGGCAAAAGGACGAUGUCAGAAACCCUUUUCCUCACAUUCCAGUCUCAGCUCUCCGUUGUCAUGGAGACCGUCCUUAAAUCAGCCAUGUUUGAGAUAACCAGGCUGGUGGAGGACAGCUUCCUUGAGGAAGUGGGUCACCGUAAACAGGAGGUGGAGGUCUUGAAACGAAGGUUGCAGUUGUCUGAGAGUAAACUGAGGGAGAAGGAGAGAGAAUGGGAACGGGGGAAGAAGACACGGUGCCCGGAUUGUGGCCGAACAGGAGAUUCCAGCAGCAGAGAUGACAGCCAGCCUGUAGAGACAGUCCGGGGAGCAGACAGCCUUUGUUUAGGCCCAAGCUUGAGAGAUCAAUCUACCAAUCAUCCUACACUACCUGAAGAUGUGUGGAGUGCUAGGCAACGCCUGGAGUCUACCAAACAAACAACAGCACACUCGCACUCAAAGGAGAAGAAUGAUGCACACAGACCAAAUGCAAAAGAGAUCAUCACACCUAACUCCAACGCACAAAUUCCUCAGGAUUUUCUGCAGAGGCUUCUGGGCAAUUCAGCCGUUCACAGUGAGUCCACUAGUGACUUCAAACCUAGAGUGAGUGAUUUAGACAAAUCCGAGGAAGACUUUACUCUUGAUAAUGAAAUGGACUCAAACCACACAAGACUGUUACAAAGUCCUAUGGCUCAGGACGCGCACAAGGAUUUGCCGUCGUCUUCGCCGAACGGUAGAGUAAAAACAGAAACGGAGCUGGAUCUUCUACCUGUCAAGGAGGAGGAAGAGAUGGUUCCGGUGUGGGACAGCGUCAACAGAGAUGACGGUUGCCAUGCAGAAAUGGCUGAUCCAAGUCAGGGAGAGCUCAGAGGACCUUGUGAUCAGGAGGAGAUACAGACUGGCCGAAGGUUUGCAGAACAUGUUUCCACGGAACAAGGGAAUUCACACCCCAUGAACAAGCAGAGGACAUUCAGUGUUGUGGCCAGGGAGAUCCUGACUCAGUUUCAGGUUUGGCAGAGGGCCUGCUAUAGCAGGAACAUUGAGUGGGGUCCGAUUACAGCGAAGAUCAUUUCUGCAUUGCCGCAGUUGUAUGGACGGGAGGCGGAGGUGAUCGUACGAUGUACGAAGAUGCUACACAACCGCAGGGAUUACCUUCGAAGGAGAGCAAAGACGCAUAUUACGGUCCUUAAAAAUGGAGAAAGCCCCUGUAUCUCUAAGUGCACUCAGUGUUGUGACAAGUAUCACUGCCCAUUUUGUGAGACCUGGGUCUACAUGCCAAGAGAGUUAGGGAGCGUUGUUAACCACGUCCAGAAUCAUCUGAAGUUGGCUGUCCACGAAGAUGAUUUCACUAUAGUCAAGUGCAACUUAAAAUGCAGAGAAUAUGCACAUUUUCAUUGCUGCUACUGUUCUGCAACUGUUCUACGAAGAGGUCAGUUGAAAUCUCAUCUCUCAAAAUGCAAGCAGAAGCUCAGUGCUGAGGAGGAAUUUGAAGAAAACUGCUCAUUUGAGGAAAGUCCUGAACAUGAUUAGUAUAUAUAUUUUUUUAUAUUGUUGAUUUACUAGUUCAUAUAUUUAGUUCCCUGUUAGCCACAGAUAACACUCAGAAUUGUAGUAUUUAGUAGAUUAUGAAACUGUUUUGUGGAAAUAAACAUUUACUAAGAUUGUAUCUGCUUCUUCUUUUUGUACCGUUUAAGAACUGAAAUAUCUGUGUGUGUUCUCUAAAAUAAUUUUUAAUUUCCCCACUAGCAAGUUGAAAUUGUCUUAACCAUGGACUUCUUAAAUGCACAGACCUGCAGUUUUUUCUCUCCAUAUUAGUAAUACAAGUAAAACAAGCAAUAGGCAAUGAGCUUGUGAAAUGUCUAAUAAACAGUCAAUACUCAAGAACAUUCAAUAUCAGGUUGAGUUUAAAAUGAGCUUGUUAUAAAUAAGUGCAAAUAGUGCUUGAAAAUAAUAUCCUCUACAAAAAAUAAAAAUAAAUAAAAUGUGCGCAUACAUAGUAAAAGCAUAGCUACUUUAUACUACAGUCUGCAGCAAAAAAGUUGUUCUGUUGAGGAGUGACACCAAAAAAAAGAUGAAAUGUUCAAAAAGACAUUUGUAUCAAUGUAUCAGUUUACACACACAAAGAAAUUAAGCAGUGCAACCGUUUUCAACAUUUAUAAUAACAAGAAAUGUUUCUUGAGCACCGAAUCAUCAUAUCAGAAUGAUUUCUGAACGAUCAUGUGGCACUGAACGCUGGAGUAAUGAUGUUGAAAACUCAGCUUUGCCAUCACAGGAAUAAAAAUGACAUUUAUAAAUACAUUCAAUAAAGACAGACUUCUCUGCCUCAGCUUUCUUAUUUCAUUACCCAUGUAAACAGGCAAAUGGUGCUUGAAUAUAUUAUCACCAUGCUAAACACUGUUGGAAAGUCAGCAGGGCCAUUAACUUAGCAAGGAGUCGCUGGGCCAUUUAACACCCACCUACUGUGAAACACAGCUGUCUAACUUGUUGUGAUCCUUUAUUGCAUAUGUAAAUGCAGCAGAGGACUAAAAAUCUUCUAGUGUGAAACUGUUUUUACCUGUUGGCCACACAAACUCUUAAGUGGGCAGAAUAAACUACUUUGACCAGAUUUUAUCUGAUAAAUGCAUAUUUGUUCAUUUUAUUCAUUUUCCACCAGCCCCACACAUGGCUGGAAAAUCUAGACUGCAGACAAAACAGUGAUGCUCAUUCACUUUUUUUGUGUGUGUGUGUGUGUGUGUGUACUUGUUUUUGCUACAUUGUGGGAACCAAAUGUCCCCACAAGGAUAGUAAAACCUGAAAUUUUUGACAUUGUGGGUCCUGCGGUCCCCACAAUGUUAAAAAAUGAUUAAAAAUAGUAAAUGAUGUUUAUCUGAAAGUGUAACGAUGCAAACAUGUUUUCUGUGAGGGCUAGGUUUAGGGUUAGGGUUGGGUUAGGGGAUAGACAAUAUCGUCUGGUCAAUAUAAAAUCUAUAGAAGCCUAUGAAAAGUCCCCACAAUUCACAAAAACAAAUGUGUGUGUGUGUGUGUGUUUUAAUUUAAUUCACUAAUUCACAGAUUUUUGUGUUAAGGCCACAUCUCAGUUUAUUGUGAAACCACACAAGUUUCAAAUGCUUAACUUUAAAAUGACAUGAAACA